UUAUAUGACGAAAUAAGCCACUAUCAAGCUUAUUACAGUAUAUAAAGUAUAAACUAUAUAAACACGUCUUUAUAUUUUUUUUUUAAGCCCUAAGUCGAUAUUAUAUUUUUCUUCUCGUCCCGACACGAUUAUAUUUUUUUUUUACACGAUAUUUUCUUUUCUCUAUCCAAGUCACUUGAACAAGUCUUAUUUCACAAUACAAUGGGAAGAGUGUGCUGCGGAAAUCCCGAGCUCGCUGUUAUGGUGGGGGAUGAAGAAGCCGAUAUCAAUGAUGAAAAUAAACCUAAAAAACGGAAAGUUAUAGAGAUUAUUGAUGAUGAUCUCAGUUCUGAAGAAAACUCCGAAACUAUUCAACAAGCUCGUGAGGGUACUUAUCCUGUUGCAAAAGAAGCCGCAAAUAUUACUGGAGAACAUGUAAAGGACUUUAGUGAAGGAAGGAAAGGUUUUCAGGAAACCGCAAAAGGUGGAGCGAAACAAUUGGCCACACAAUUUAAGAGCAGAGUCUCUGAUUAUGCCAAACCACUUAAUGUAGCGUAUGGACUUUACGAAAAUGAAAUAGAGGCAAUUUCUGCCAAGAUUGAAGUUGAACACGGCAUAUCAACAAUUACUUUAAGGAAAAUUUAUUAUGGUUCAACGUAUCUAGAUCCAAAGAAGUGCAAAGCCAAUAACUUUGAUCCAAUAAAAAAGAUUGGUAUGUCAAGUAUGGGGAGACGGGCAAGUGCGGAUGAUCAAAAUUCUCAAAAAAGGGAUGAAGAGCGCCGAUCCUCUGGAAGGAAAGAAGAGAAAGAAGAAUUUUCGGUCACAGAAAUUAGUGGACCCCCAGCUCAGAAAGAUUGGUCACAUUUCACGGGUGAUCGAAUGAAAAUAGUCAAGAUGCUGAAGACGCUCAUGAAUAGAUAUGCAAUGCUUUGUCUAAACUCGGACAUCAGAAUCGUGAAAUUAUAUGGAAUGCAAUUUACUGUAUUAAAAUUCCCUCUACCACAAACAAGGAAAGACAUGAAGAAAGCUCAUGAAACUGUAAUUGGUUUCUUGAAUUAUGAGGUCCUAGUAAAAUUUUUUGGGAUGAGAUGUCUCAAAGAUUUUUUGGCAGAAUUUUACGUACCAUGCACAGACUUAUUGAGUAGUGCAUAUAAUGCACUAAGUUCGUCAAGUAAUUCCUGUUCGUGA